GAUCCUCUUGCCUCAGCCUCUCAAGUAGCUGGGACUACAGACAUGCAACCCUGCACCUGGCUAAAGCUUGAAUUUUAAGCAAUUGCUGUGUUAGGACAAACCAUGGACGGUUACAGAACUUCUCCGAGCAGCUCCUGGGUUUAUCCCACUGUGAUUCUCUGCUUAUUUGGGUUUUUCUCCAUGAUGAGACCCUCAGAACCAUUCCUUAUCCCAUAUUUAUCCGGACCGAAUAAAAACCUGACCACCGCAGAGAUCACGAAUGAGAUCUUUCCCGUUUGGACGUACUCUUACCUGGUGCUGCUGCUCCCUGUGUUUGUCCUCACCGAUUACGUCCGCUACAAGCCCGUUAUCGUCUUACAAGGGAUUAGCUUCAUCAUUACCUGGCUGCUGCUCUUGUUUGGCCAAGGAGUCAUGACCAUGCAGGUUGUCGAGUUCUUCUACGGUAUGGUCACCGCCACCGAGGUGGCCUACUACGCCUACAUAUACAGCGUGGUCAGCCCAGAGCACUAUCAGAAAGUGAGCAGCUACUGCCGGAGCGUCACACUGGUGGCCUACACAGCAGCCUCCGUGCUGGCCCAACUCUUGGUAUCCCUGGCAAACCUGUCGUACUUUUACCUCAAUGUCAUAUCCUUGGCCUCUGUCUCUGUGGCCUUCAUUUUCUCACUUUUUCUACCAAUGCCCAAGAAAAGCAUGUUUUUUCAUGCAAAACCCAGCAGAGAAAUAAAGAAGUCACCGAGCAUUAGUGCGGUGUCAGCAGAACCUCACAAAGGGGACGCACGAGGCUGCGUAAAGGGGAAAUCCACUUCGGAAGUGCCUGCCGCUUCAGGGAACGUGAAUGACGACCAGCUGAGCAGCCCAAAGCCAAAAAAUAUGACUUUGAGAGUUUUCGUGCAGUGGUUCCAAGAUUUGAAGGAGUGCUACUCCUCAAAGCAUCUUUUUUACUGGUCCCUGUGGUGGGCUUUUUCCACAGCAGGUUUCAACCAGGUUUUAAAUUAUGUUCAAAUCCUGUGGGAUUACAAGGCACCGUCCCAAGAUUCUUUGAUCUAUAAUGGGGCAGUAGAAGCUGUUGCAACAUUUGGAGGUAAAUUUCAGAUUGCAGUCAAUCUGAGUGUGGAACGCUACGCACUGGUGUUUGGAAUGAACACUUUCAUUGCCUUGGUGAUUCAGACCAUCAUGACUGUGAUCGUAGUGGAUCAGAGAGGGCUCAACCUGCAAAUCAGCAUUCAGUUUUUAGUUUAUGGGAGUUAUUUUGCAGUCAUUGCUGGAAUUUUCCUAAUGAGAAGCAUAUACAUUAUGUACUCAGCCAAAUGCCGAAAGGAAGUACGGAGCCCUGCUGCAAGUCAGCAUCCAGAGGGGCCACACCCAGAGGAACCAAGAAAUACCACCAUGUCAACAAAGCUCUAACCUUACAACAUCAACUGCUGCAGUGGUUUUCAAAGUCACUGAAUGAAUAUGCAGGGUUUUGAGAUGGAUGGCAUAUGUUUUGCCAUAAAUUGACAUGCUUUGCAAGUCUGGAUCCCAAAUGAACCUUUUCAAAACUACAGUAACACCUCAGUUUCAGACCAGUUAUCUAUGUGCCCAGCUGAACUGGAUGUAGUUGACAGAACCCAUCAUCACAAUUAAACAACCCACGUCAGGGACUCCGCGGAUGGCAGUAACUGGAAAAUUCCGGUUUCAAUCACUUGCAAGGACAUGCAAAUGGCAUGGAAUUAAACCAUGAGAAAACUCCAGCCAUCCUGGAGUUGAUGUUCCCUUUUUGGGAGCAGAAAUACUGACUGGACUGAUGCUGUUGCUUGGCUCAGAUACUUGCUUGAUCUUACCAAAGCAGGCAACACAUGGGACAUUUUUGUUACAUGAGCCAUUUUCUUUCCUCUUUGAGUAAGUGUAUUUCUGUUUAAGUACAGUUCUCUGAGAGAAUUACAAGGUUUGGUCCCAUUUCUAAGGGCGCCUCUUCAGCUAUGAUAAUAUAGCAUUAUUUACAAGUUAUGAUUUGAUAAUGUCACCACCUAAUUUUUUCAUGACGAUUUUUCAUUUUAUGCUUUGCCGAGCUUUGUUGUUAAAUCUCUACCUCAGGGAUAGCUCCAGACACUCCUGUGUAUCUGCAGAAUGACACUUGGGUUUUCCUGUCUAAAAUAGGAAAACUUUUUAAGAAUUCCAGAGAUUCAUAGAAGUUUUCAUAAAUAAGAAAACACUGA